AUGUCGACCAUCACACUCCAAGACCACGGCAUUCCCGUCACUCUGCCUGACGGCCUCUCCGAAGAGCAGCUCCUCAGUUUCAAGCCCUUUAAUACCUGGGUCUCGACCCUGACCGCCUCCCUCGCCCUGCAAUCCCGCACGCCCUCCCACCCCUUCCACGCCUCGCCCUACCGCCUGCACGCCAUCACCAUCCAGGCCUACGACCUCUUCGGCCCCCGCCGCGUCGGCUUCCUCAAGGCCGUCGCCGACGUCUCCAACGACGAGGGCGCUUCCCUCCCGGCCGCCGUCUUCCUGCGCGGCCCCAGCGUCGCCAUGCUCGUGACCCUCGUCCCCGACGACGCCCGCCCCGACAGCGACGAGCGCUACGCCCUGCUGACGGUGCAGCCGCGCGUCGCCGCCGGCAGCCUCGCCUUUGUCGAGCUGCCGGCCGGCAUGGUCGACGACGAGGGCAGCUUCGCCGGCGUCGCGGCCAAGGAGAUCCGCGAGGAGCUCGGCAUGGACAUUCGCGCCGACCAGCUGACCUGCCUCUCGGCGCUCGCGGCCGCGCUCGAAGCCGAGGCGCAGGGACCGAAACAGGCGCCGCACCACGGCGGAGAGCGCGGCGAGAACCUGCCGUGCGCCAUGUACCCCUCGGCCGGCGCCUGCGACGAACACAUCACCAUCUACAGCCACGAGAGGCGCGUGCCGCGGGCGCAGCUCGAGACGUGGAGCGGCAGGCUGACGGGGCUCCGGGACGAGGGCGAGAGGAUCACGCUGAUGCUCGUGCCGUUUGCGCAGCUGUGGAGGGCUGGGGCGCGGGAUGCCAAGUGCCUGGCUGCGCUGGCGCUGUAUGAGGGGCUCAAGCGCGAGGGCCGGCUGUGA